UCGGCCACGGUAAACAGGAAGUGGGAGCUUCCGUAGCGCAGAGCUGGAGGAGGCGGAGGGUCGGUGAGGGACUCCCUCGUCUCCCGCCGUUAGAGCCCGCUCUCCGUCCUUCGCCACGUCCUCCCGCCGGUCUACAGGGACUCGGCUGCCACCUCUGAGUGCCGAGCCAUGGCCGAAUACUCCUAUGUCAAGUCCACCAAACUCGUGCUCAAGGGUGCGAAGGCCAAGAGUAAAAAGAAGAAGAGCAAGGAUAAGAAGAGGAAACGGGAAGAAGAUGAGGAAACUCAACUUGAUAUUGUGGGAAUCUGGUGGACUGUAUCCAACUUUGGGGAGAUUUCAGGAACCAUUGCCAUUGAAAUGGAUAAAGGAGCCUAUAUCCAUGCCCUGGACAAUGGCCUUUUUACACUGGGAGCUCCUCACAGAGAAGUGGAUGAGGGCCCCAGUCCUCCAGAGCAGUUUACUGCCGUCAAAUUGUCUGAUUCCAGAAUUGCCCUGAAAUCUGGCUAUGGAAAAUACCUUGGUAUAAAUUCAGACGGACUUGUUGUUGGGCGUUCAGAUGCAAUUGGGCCCAGAGAACAGUGGGAACCAGUAUUUCAAGAUGGGAAAAUGGCUUUAUUGGCCUCAAAUAGCUGCUUUAUUAGAUGUAAUGAAGCAGGCGACAUAGAAGCAAAGAAUAAAACAGCAGGAGAAGAAGAGAUGAUAAAGAUUAGAUCCUGUGCUGAAAGAGAAACCAAGAAGAAAGAUGACAUCCCAGAAGAAGACAAAGGGAAUGUGAAGCAGUGUGAAAUCAACUAUGUAAAGAAAUUUCAGAGCUUCCAAGACCACAAACUCAAAAUAAGCAAAGAAGAUAGUAAAAUUCUUAAAAAGGCUCGGAAAGAUGGAUUUUUGCAUGAGACACUUCUGGACAGGAGAGCCAAAUUGAAAGCUGACCGAUACUGCAAAUGACGGAGAUGUUUUUGUGUUGCUUUGGUUUUUUUGUUGUUGGGGGGGGGGGUGUUGUCUGUCUGUUUUCAUCCUGAAUAAAAAUAUUCAGUACAACUCUGCUUUUACAGAGUUCUUGAGUCCUUUUGAAAUUACUGCUUAAUUUAGUAUCUAGUUUGUCCAAGAUUGAUCAAGUUUAAUCCGGGUCCUUCAUGGGAUUUACUUUUCAGACAAGUGUACCCACUUAAAGGUCUAUAGAACUUCUUACACUGAAUUCCCUGUCAUGUUACUUCAGAAAAUAGGUUCCCUGCUGCUGUGGACUCUUCCUGUUACUGUGCUGCCUUUCUUUAUAUUGGUCCAAGCUUGAUCUGUACAUUGAGAGGGAUUUAGAUAGUAAGUAAAUAUAAGUAAAGCUUUGAUACUCUUCCUU